AGCAUCGACAAUAAGGGAAUAGCGUAUAUCCGUUAGGGUGAUUUAAACAACUAGGCGAGGUCAGUUAGGAUCGAAAGAUCGUACGCGAUACAAGUAGUAUAACGUAAAAAAGUGAGUGAGUGUUUGAAAGAAAAAGAGAGAAAAAGUGAUAGAGAGAGAGAGAGAGAGGAAGAGAAACAAAAAUACAGACACUAUAAAAUUCUUUCAAAAUAGUCAUUAAUAGACAAUAAUAAUCGAUAGAAGUAUUAAAAAAUUAAAAUACGUAUACAUUGGUCAUUUGAUCGUUUUCAUCCAGCAUACUAUUUCCAUUUGUUUGUUUUCUUUUUUUUUUCUUUUCAUUUUCUGUAAUAUAAUUAAUUAAUCAGAAAUAGACUAUCAUAACAGGUUAAAGUGUAAUAAGUUCGAACGUUGUCCGUUAAUGUGAACGUGAGCAACCAUCUAACUUACAAUUAGUAUAACCGCAUAGCAAAUAGAGAGAGAGAAAGAGAGAAAGAGAGAGAGAGGAAGAGAAACAAAAAAUACAGACAUAAAAUUCUUUCAAAAUAGUCAUUAAUAGACAAUAAUAAUCGAUAGAAGUAUUAAAAAAUUAAAAUACGUAUACAUUGGUCAUUUGAUCGUUUUCAUCCAGCAUACUAUUUCCAUUUGUUUGUUUUCUUUUUUUUUUCUUUUCAUUUUCUGUAAUAUAAUUAAUUAAUCAGAGAUAGACUAUCAUAACAGGUUAAAGUGUAAUAAGUUCGAACGUUGUCCAUUUAUGUGAACGUGAGCAACCAUCUAACUUACAAUUAGUAUAACCACAUAGCAAAUAGAGAAAGAGAAAGAGAGAAAGAGAGAGAGAGAGAGGAAGAGAAACAAAAAAUACAGACAUAAAAUUCUUUCAAAAUAGUCAUUACUAGACAAUAAUAAUCGAUAGAAGUAUUGGAAAAUUAAAAUACGUAUACAUCGAUCGUUUGAUCGUUUUCAUCCAGCUUACUAUUUCCAUUUGUUUAUUUGUUUUCUUUUUAUUUUUUUUUUUUAUUUUCUGUAAUAUAAUUAAUUAAUCAGCGAUAGACUAUCAUAACAGGUUAAAAUGUAAUAAGUUCAAACGUUGUCCAUUUAUGUGAACGUGAGCAACCAUCUAACUUACAAUUAGUAUAACCGCAUAGCAAAUAGAGAGAGAGAAAGAGAGAGAGAGAGAGAGAGAGAGAAAGAGAGAGAGAGAGAGAGAGAAAGGUUGAAUUCAAAGCUGGCAAAGUCGGAUCGGACGAUGCAAUAGUCGAACGAAUUCAUGCGAUUUCACGAAGAUAUCCAGUGUAUAUGGUACUGUUAGUGCUCUCACGUGUUUGUGCGAAACGCGACGGUAAAGAGGAUAAAGAGGAUUGCCAAAUACGAUCGAAUAAAGAGGAGAAAAGCGACCGCAACGCAAUGGGAAAGGGUAUGCUGUCGGUAUGCGGUGUAAAGCAGCAGGUGGUUCUGCUAUUCUUGAUCGAAAUCAUCUUGAUCGUACUAAUCGGAACUCUGACGACUUACGGACCUGAGGCUAACGCUAAUCUUCUGAAAAAUCAUGCAGAAGACGAUGGGAACAACGAAAAUGACAAGAAACCGCAGAGCGAUCCAUUACGUAUUUAUCCGAUGUAUCAAGACAUCCACGUGAUGAUCUGGAUCGGAUUUGGAUUUUUGAUGACUUUCCUUAAGAGAUACGGUCAAAGUGCUAUUGGAUUGACAUUCCUGAUCGCCGCUGUCCUUGUCCAAGUUGCUUUGAUCUGCGAAGCUGUCCUACAUUUCCAGAAAAACAACAAAGCUUAUCUAUCUUUGGCCAGUCUGCUCAGUGCCGACGUUGCAGUGGCAGCUCCAUUGAUAUCCAUGGGUGCACUACUUGGCAAAACGACUUAUAUGCAACUCGUAUUUAUGGGUAUCAUAGAACUGAUCGUCUACACCAUCAAUAAGUACAUUGGUGAGCAUCAUCUUAUGGCCGUCGAUGCCGGUGACAGCAUGUACGUUCAUGCAUUUGGUGCUUAUUUCGGAUUGGCCGUCAGUUUCAUAUUUGGAAUGAAGGAGAAACCAAAGGAACAUCAUCUCGAGGGACCCUCCUAUCAAUCGGACAUAUUCGCAAUGAUCGGUACGAUCUUUCUUUGGCUGUUCUGGCCGUCGUUCAACAGUGCGGCACUUGAAGGGGAUGACCAACAGAGAGCCAUAAUAAACACUCUCCUUUCGAUUUCGGGAAGCUGCGUGAUCGCCUUCGCCACGUCCGCUCUAAUUUCAAAGGAUAACAAAUUCAACAUGGUCCACGUACAAAAUUCUACACUUGCUGGUGGUGUUGCCAUUGGCACAGCCGCAGGUAUGAUGUGUGAACCGAUAGGAGCACUGAUCGUUGGUUCUUUGGCUGGUUUGCUCAGUGUCCUUGGAUACAUAUAUCUUAUGCCAUUUAUACAGAAACGGCUACGUAUACACGAUACUUGCGGGGUUCACAAUUUGCACGGAAUGCCAGGAGUGCUUGCAGGAAUUUUCGGUGCUAUCAUGGCCGCACUGGCCACGCAAAAUUCUUACGAUUAUUCCCUUUACAAGAUUUUCCCAGCACGAGCGCCUAGCUUGGAAAAAUUAAGCACCGAGAUGCGAAAUGAUUAUGGUAUUUUACCUGGUCGUAAUAGAACGGCAAUAGAACAAGCAGGUUAUCAAAUACUUGCGUUGGCUGUUACUUUACUAAUGGCUACCGUCUCUGGCUUAAUAACGGGAUUAAUUAUGCGUACGUCCGUUUGUGGAUCCAUCACGGAGGAAGAAAAAUUCAACGAUGCCGUUCAUUGGGAAUUAGAAGAAGAAAACGACGAUGAUUUACAUAAAGUUUCCAAAAUUAAAGAAAGAAAUAAUCGUGUAAGCGAUCAAUUACCAAUGGGUAAUAUUUGAAAGCAAAAGUUUUGUCGAAUAAAAUCGUUCGUUAGAAUUUCCUUUAUUCCUUGAUAUCUUAUUUAGUUCGUUUGUUCUUUUCAUUAAAAAAAAAAAAAAAAAAAAAAAAAAAAAAAAAAAAUUCGUUCCAAUUACAAUUAUACGUCAUUUCGUAAUUCUUUAUUAAAUUUAAUAAUCGUCUAUCAUAAAACGUAUGCGAACUAUUAACUUGAUAAAAUAUUGUAUAAAUCAUUGAUAUAAAUCAUUAAAAUAAAUAUCAUAAUUGGGGGUGGGAGACGGAAAAAUUAUUUAUUUAUACAAACGAUUAUUUCACUUUGAUAUAAUUAAGAAAUUAAAAAGAAGCAAUUUUAUUUUAACGAACACAUUUGUAAAUCUUAUUGGAGUGUCAACGUCAAUUCUAUUCUCUAUUAUCUUUAUCAAUAAAAAGGAAAAAUAACUAGGAUGAUAAAUUUUUUAAUACACAUUUUGAAAAGAUUAUUACUUUGGACAAUUUUUAUUGAUUUCUUCUAUAAAACUGUUAUAUUAAAUGUUUACAAUAAAUAUAAUGUUACAUAAUUUAUAUUAUAAUCCAAUAGGAAUGCUGUAUGAUCGAGGUCACUGAUAUCCCUAACAAUAUUGAGAAAUUAAAGUGACUUUUAUCUUUUGACGUUUUAAAA